CGCCCCGUCCUUCUCUUAUUCGUGAACAAAACCCCAAGAUACUUGAACUCCUCCACCUGGGGUAAGGACUUGCCUCCAACCUAGAGAUGGCAAGCCACCUAUUUCCGGUGGAGCACUAUGGCCUCGGACUUGGAGGUGCUGAUUCUCAUCCCAGCCGCGUCACACUCGGCAGCAAACAGCCCAAUUACUAAUUUGCACAUAUGUGUUCAGCUAUAUUUACUGUGAUAUGUUUAUGCAGUGUAUGUUCAUAUUUAGACAUGUUACAUUUCUCUAUGAGCCCCAAAACAGACAAUUAAUCACAUUAAUGCAAUGAUUUAUAUUGAUUAGUUAUUAAAAGUAAAUAAAAUGUAAUUUAAUUAUUCGUUCGCCAAAUAUCAUAAUGCUUCCAGCCCCUACCGUCCACAGUAUCACAGCACAACAUAACCCAAUCCAUCAGAAAUCAAUAUAAUGAGAUGAUUUGAGCUGAAGAAAGGCUUAUUAUCUCAAUGUUAAAACAUUUUUGCUACUUAAUAAUUUAAUCAAAACCAAAAUGUUUUAGAAUUUGUUUUAACAGAAAUGUCAAAUGAGCAACGUAACACUUUAUAAUGUAUAUACUAUCACUUUUGAUUAAUUUGAUGUAUUUAAAUUAACCCUACACCCAGUGUUUUAAUAGUAAUGUAAAAUAAAUAAGAUCAGAACACAAAUCUAUUGUCACAUUAAGCAGAAUCUGUCGCUGAAUGCCAUUGAUGAGCUUCUGUUGUUGUUUCAAUAUCAUCACGUCGCCCACAGGCAGACCACAGCAAUGCUCUCCAUAUUCCCUGUGUGUGUGAAUCAGGUCAUGUGUGUGUGUUGGUUUGAGGUUUAUGUUAUGUGGGAUCUUCUCAUACAGAUAACAAAGCAGCCUGCGGCGUCUGGAAAGGUUGGUCUUGAUCGCUUGCAGUCUCUAGUCUUUGGGCUGUUGCGGCAGAGGAAGCUGGAUUUCCUGGACAUCUACAGUGAAGAGAUGAUCCGCGCAGCUAAAAACGUGGUCCGGCAGUGUGUUGUGAAGUCCCUGUCUCAGGUCAAUGAGGUCGACGCAGACACUGUCAGGAUUCAUGAACAGAUGCGCUUGAUGGCGUUUCAUCAUUGGUUUGAUCUGCUGCUGGAUAUAUUUGAACACUUCAUUCUGUUCCUCAAGAGGAUCAAGGCGACGCUCAGUGUCAUCCGUAAUGUUGUUCUGGAAGUGCUGGACAGCAGCCAGAGGAGUCGACUAGCGGAUGCCACCACAGCAACCAGUCAUCCAGAUGGCAGAGUAAAUGAGGAUGAGGAGGAGGAGUCAGGAGGCCCCGCCCUUCAUCCAGGAGAGGCGGAGCUUGCGUACCUCACUCACGAGGGUUUGUUCAUCAGUGACGCUCUGAAUGAUGCAGAGCAGCGCAGUGUUACAACAGCAGCACAAACACAGACCAGAGCACAGACGCCGCGCGCAGACGCCUGCGGGAGCGACUCGGCCUCCGCAACCACUGAAUCCUCCUCCAGCAGGGAGCACAACUCCAACACUACCUCCUGCCUGCCUGUAGGGGCCGCUGCGCUUGAGGACGUCAUGCCGUCUGAUCUGGAGUUGGGUCGAGUGGCGAAUAAUGUUCAGGAGCUGCUGUAUGCAGCGUCAGACGUCAGUCACGACCGCUGCGUCAAAGUGCUGAUGACCAGAGCCAAGGACGGCUCUCUAGAGCGCCUGAGCUCGUCAGAGUUUGUCUGUUUGAGUCAGGCCGUGGAGUCGUUUGUCAAAGACACUGAAGAGCUGUGCGGCAGGCGCAGUGUCAGCCUGAGGGGGGCGCUGCAGAGUCAGGCCAACCGCUUCGUACAGAGAUUCCACGAGGAGCGCAAGACCAAACUCAGUCUGCUGCUGGAUAAUGAGCGCUGGAAACAGGCUGAGGUUCCUGCUGAGUUUCAGGAUCUGGUCGACUCCAUCGCUGACGGACGAAUCUCUCUGCCUGAGCGCAAACACAGCAGCGGGUCCGAGGACAGGAAGCCCACUGAGUUUCUGUGUGUGGACGGACAGAAGUAUGCGGUGGUCGGGACGGUACUGCUGCUGAUCCGCAUGUUUCUGGAGUACUGCCAGUGUGUGAACGACAUUCCCUCCAUCACCACUGACAUCAUCACACGCCUCGCCGACCUGCUCAAGCACUUCAACUCUCGCUGUUGUCAGCUGGUUCUCGGUGCUGGAGCUCUGCAGGCUGUGGGACUCAAAACCAUCACCACCAGAAACCUGGCUCUGGCAUCUCGCUGUCUUCAGCUGGUGGUUCACUACAUCCCUGUGAUCAGAGCACACUUUGAGACGCGACUGCAGCCCAAACAGUACAGCAUACUGAGACACUUUGACCACAUCACCAAGGACUAUAAUGACCACAUCGCAGAGGUCUCGGCUAAGCUGGUGGCCAUCAUGGACAGUAUGUUCGAGAAGGCUCUGUCUAAGUAUGAGGUGAAGGCGCCGAUGCCGUCUGCGUGUUUGCGUAACGUGUGUAAGCAGAUGCUGAAGAUGCACGAGGCCAUUCAUGAGCUGCUGCCGGAGGAACAAACGCAGAUGCUGUUCCUCAGGAUAAACGCCAGCUUUAAGCUCCACCUGAAGAGACAGUUGUCACGGCUGGGGGUCAGCAAUGAUGGAGGACCACAGAAUGGGCUGGUGAUGGUGGACGUGGCGUUUUACUCGGAGAACGUUCAGGGUUUGCGCUCUCUGGAGCGUCUGGACUUGAAUAUGCCGGAGAUCUGGGAGCAGAAGAGGUGAUGACGGACAGCUAGUCUCAGCCAAUCAGGACUCUUCGUCACUCCCACCAUCACAGUGACCUGCUCCGCCCUUCAAUCUGAGCAGGAAGUGAGGCCAGUGGACUGCAGGUGCGUUUUGUGUUUAACACCUGUUCUCCAGCAGCUCCUCGCCCUCCCGCUGACAAGAGCACUUUCAGGGCCUGGGGGGCACACACUUCUGUAUUACCAGGACAAACGACGGGUUUCUUGAGGAGACCAAAUCAGGACACACUUGUGUGGAUGACCAAUCGCAGCCGGGGAUUAUGGGAAAUGUGUUUUUUUGUUGUUGUGUAAAGCGAGACGCGUCCUCAGUGCCUCCUUCAGUACCGCCACUACAGUGCAACUUUCCAUAUGUGUGCAAUUGUGUCCCAUCAUCAUUAUUAUUGUUAUUGUUGCUGAUUUAUUUAAUCAUUGUCAGAGGAAUCAAUGAAUGGUUAUUUAUUUUAAUUGAUUUUGUUGUUGAUUUGUCAAUCAUGUCAAGAAAAGCUUUCAGGCGAUGACGGCGGAGUACUAAAAAGGGUUUUAAACGCACACCGCUGACCUGCUUUUCCUCCAGAAUAGUAACUUUGACAUGGUUUACCUGUUCAGGGUGGAUGAGUGCAAAGUAUUAAAGCUCAAAGUUGAAGGAUGUUUGAUCUCGUCUGUGAGGAGACUUUAGAAAUGAAGAAGAUAUUUAUCUGUCAGCAAACGUAUUCAGCUAAAGCUUUGGUAGAUUAACUACUCCAAAUAUUGGUCACAUUGACUCCAGGAUCUAAUUAUGAACGGUCGAUGUGUUCUGAAGCUGUUCUUGCAGAGCUGCAUCCAAGUCUUAUAUUGAUAAUGAAGAAUUAUUUAAUCUUAAACUCGUGUCCUUUGCAAAACCACAGGAUGAUCUCGACUCUCCUGAAAGCCCCAGUGUUAAAGUAACCCCGCCUCUUCUCCAGAGCUCAUUUGAAUAAAUAGCGCAGGGCUUUUAAAUGAUUAA